AUGAGAAGGAGUCGCAGCGUAAGAAUUAAAGGACAAACUUUGACCAUUGAGCGAUAUAAUGGAGAGGAGGAUAUGAUGGGUAAAGUUACUUGGUUACCGGUUCAGGAGUUAAUUAAAGGGUCAACGGAUAGCGAUAUAAAUAGUAAAAUAUAUGGCUCUGAUAAACAAAGUUUGGGAAAUAAUCAAGUGUUGCGACCAUAUAGAGAGCCCAGAGAAAAUUCUCGGGGAAGGAGAGUAGAAAUACAAAAUUUUGAAUCUCGGGGGAGAGGGGUAAUGAGCUGUUAUAAUUGCGGUAAACCAGGUCAUAUGCUCAUAGAUUGCCGUGAGGCGAAAUGUUUUGGUUGUGGAAAAUUAGGACAUAUAGCCCCUUAUUGUCCGGGUAAGCAAGAGAGAUUAAGAUGUGCGGGUUGUGGUAGGUUUGGGCAUAAUAAGGAGGAAUGUAAUGCGAACAAUUACAAUAACAAAAGUGAUUUCCCACAGAGAGGGAUGAGUGCGAAUGCUUUAAAUGUGAGAAUUAUUGAGUGGGAGAGAAUGGAAGAGGGGCGGACAGUUAAUGUCAAAGAGUUGGAGGAAAAAAAUAUAGAAUGUUUUCGAUGCCGAAAGGGUGGGCAUGUGGCGAGGGACUGUGAGAAUUUGUGA